UUCCUAUAAAGCUCCGUCCUUUGCGCAUAGUGAAGCGCACAAGGCUCUCCCUACCUCUCGACCUCGAAUCAUAAUCGCACACUUGUGUGCGCAACGCUCGCCUAUUUGAAGUCUCUUUCUACUAGUGAUCGUCACAUCCUCCGUCUCCCUCCCUCUGAACGCUCUAGAAUCCCUCCAUCUCUCUCUCUCUCUCUCUCUCUCUCUCUCUCUCUCUCUCUCUCGAUCGAAAGGGUCAGCCAUGGUGAAGAGACAGAGCAUCCAGCUGUCCGCGACUCCGGCGGUGGUGUUGGCGCAUCUGCUACUCGUGGCGGUGGCGACCCUGAUCCUCGUUUGGCUCCUCAAGUUCCAGGACGGCGUGGCCCUGUCGUCCGCCAACAAAAGCAAGAUUUUCAACCUGCAUCCGCUCCUGAUGGUGUUUGGGUUAAUUCUCGCCGGUGGAGAAGCUAUCAUGGUGUACAAGACGAUUCCGGCGACGAGGGAAGCUCAGAAAACGAUCCACCUUAUUCUGCACUUAAUCGCUCUUGUGCUCGGGAGCGUGGGGGUUUAUGCAGUCUUCAAGUUCCAUAACGAGCUCCAUAUCGCCAACCUGUACACCUUGCACUCCUGGCUCGGCAUCACCACCAUCUCCUUGUUUGGUCUGCAGUGGGUGCUCGGCUUCUUCUCCUUCGUGUUCCCGAAAGCAAGAAGCUACGCCAGAGCCUCCUUCAUCCCGUGGCACGUCUUCCUUGGAUCUGCCGUCUUCCUCCUCGCAAUCUGCACAGCCGAGUCCGGCCUGGUCGAGAAGUUCACCUUCCUGAAGCUCCAGUCGGGUCAGCAGGAGGCGCUCAUCGUGAACUUCAUCGGCCUGCUGAUCUUCCUAUUCGCCCUGAGCGUCGGCCUCACCGUCGUUCUUCCUAGCAGAUUCCAGUGACUGGUCUCACCGGGGUCGCGCUUCGAUGAUGUCCAUUCGUGUUGUAAUACUAAUGAACGCUCUAGGGCGAUGGUUUUUGCUUUUGGAUUUUUCAAGAUUAUUAGAUUAGUGUAAAAGAAGGGAGUAAUGUGUACUGUCCAUACCACGCUGGCCUAUAUAAUUAGGUGUGUUGUUAAUGUAGUGGUGUUCCUUUUGAUUUUCAA